AUGGUAAGCAGAGGCUCGUAUGGUUCUAUCAGCCUCAUGACUGGUAGAUUCCAUGCUAGAAAGCUAUCUCCAAGAGUUAUCACUUUCUAUACCAUGUUCAUAUUUUCUUUCUCCAUCUUGGUAUUCUUGUUGUAUGUGAGGAACAUCAGUGAUGAUGAAGAUCCACGACAUCCUGUCCUUUCUCAACAAUUUAUAUCUCACCAGGUACCAGAGUUACAUGUGCCCUAUAAGAAGGAACUUUGGGAUUCUCCGUUUAAUCAUGGCUUACACCAAUGUGUUGAGCCAACUGCUAAAUAUAAAGCUGCCAAAGGAUUUGAUCGCUAUUUAACUGUGAGAAGUAACGGUGGACUAAAUCAAAUGCGUACUGGUAUAUCGGACAUGGUGGCUGUGGCACAUAUAAUGAAUGCAACUUUAGUCAUUCCUCAAUUGGAUAAACGUUCAUUCUGGAAAGACUCAAGUGUAUUUUCAGAUAUAUUUGACGAGCUUCAUUUCAUUGAAUCCCUGAAAGGUGAUAUCAGGAUUGUUAGUGAGCUUCCCAAAAAUUUGGAAGGUAUCCCCCGGGCCAGGAAACACUUUACUUCCUGGUCUGGAUUUGGUUACUAUGUAGAUAUGAGAAGGUUAUGGAGUGAGUAUCAGGUGAUACAUGUUGCAAAAUCAGAUUCUCGACUUGCAAACAAUGAUCUUCCUCUGGACAUACAGAGGUUGAGAUGCCGUGCAAUGUAUCAUGCACUUCAAUUUUCUCCUCCUAUUGAGAAUUUAGGAAAGGUUUGGCUUCUUUUUAGUGGUGUCAUUAGCAUCCUAAAUGUCUUGCAAAACUAUUAUGUGUACAUCAUGAAUUUAGUAAUUGAUAAAAUGAUGAUGGAAUGA